AUAUCUGCUUAGAAGUCGAAUUGUGGUGAGCUUGGGUAGUGUGCCAUAAUCGCCGGGGUGUUUACCUCACUCACGCCGAAGUGGCCACCUGAGUGUAUUUGGCAGUCCCGAGGCAUCUUCUUUUGCUGUAAUUGAAGUCUUCGGUAGUUACACAGUUCUCGGCUGUUCACUCGACCACGCAACCUACAAAUAGACUUCGUGGAAUGCGGUGUAUGUAAUGCCGGCGAGCACAGCUGAAAUGAGCUCGACAAAAGUGGAGCCACAGGCUGCCGAUGCUCCGGGUCGCCUGGGCUCGGCGCACAAGCGCACUGCGGCCUCGCGUGCGGACCUGCAGCUGGCGUUGGACCAGGCCACGAAUGGCGACGCGCGCAACACGCUGUUGUACCAGAAGAUGGAUGCGCGUAUGAAGAGGGUGGGCCUGACCAUGCCCGGCGUGGAAGUGCGGUGGCAGGACCUGCGAGUGGAAGUGGAGGCCAAGCCCUCCAAAGCGGACAAAGCCAAGGCCUCGCCGCUGUGUGGUGCGGGCGGCGCCAAGCCGCGCCGCGUCAUCCUGGAUGCCGGCAGCGGCGUGCUGCCGCCCGGCCGCAUGUGCCUGCUGCUGGGGCCGCCCGGCGGCGGCCGCUCCACCCUGCUCAAGGCGCUGUGCGGGCAGCUCAUCCCGCCCACCGCGGGGCCCUCGCUCGCCGGCGCCGCCUCAGCCUGCCUGGGCGGCGGCGAGGAGGGCGGCGUGCCGGUGCGCUCGCACGGCCAGCUGCGGCAGCUCGGCACCGUCAGCUACAACGGGCUGCCGGUGCACGGCGGCGGGCGGGGGGCCCCGGCGGCGUUCGACGUGGCGCGUGUGGCCACGUACGUGAGCCAGAUCGAGAACCACCUGCCCGAGCUGACGGUGGCGGAGACGCUGACCUUCGCGGCCAAGUGCCAGGGGUCGGGGCUGGCGCACCGCCUGUCCGAGGUGCUGCACGCGCGCGAGGCGGCUGCGGGGGUGAAGGAGCAGGACCCGGAGCUGACGCGGCUGCAGCAGCUGUUCACGGGGCCGCAGGCGGCGGAGGCCACCGCGCAGCACGUGGCGCGCAUGCUGGGCAUUGAUCACGUGAUGGACACGGUGGUGGGCAACGAGAUGAUCAAGGGCAUCAGUGGCGGCCAGAAGCGCCGAGUCACGUUCGGCGAGAUGAUUGUCGGAAUGGCAAACGUCCUCAUGCUGGACGAGGUGUCGAACGGUCUGGACGCUGCCGCAGUGCUAGGCAUUGUGCAGGGACUGCGUGCUGCUGCCGAGUACAACAACGUGACCAUUAUGGCCACGCUGCUGCAGCCGGCGCCCGAGGUGGUGGCGUGCUUCCACGACGUCAUCCUGCUCAGCCAGGGUGUUGUGGCGUAUCACGGCCCGACCGACCAGUUCCUGCCCUUCCUGACCAGUGUGGGUCUGGCGCCGGCGCUGGACGGCGGCCAGGAGCUGGCGGACUUUGCACAGGAGGUCCUGGCUAGCCACACCGACCAGCGCAAGUACCGGGUGCGCAACCCGCACGGCCCGCCGCCGCUGUGGGAGGGCAAGAAGUGGGUGUCGCCGCGCACCAUGCGCAAGGCCUUUCUGGAGUCUGAGCCGGGUCGCGCCAUGGCCAAGCAGGUGGAGCAGCCGCCUUACAGCCACGAGCUGCAGUCGCUGGUGCUGCACACGGCGCGCCGCAGCACGGCCGAGGUGCUGUCCACGUGGCGUGAGGUGCUGCUGCGCGAGGCGCGGCUCAUGUACCGCACGCCCGUGCUCUUCUUCGCCGGCCUGUCGCAGAUGGUUUUCGUGGGCUUCCUGCUCGCCACCGCCUUUGUAAACCUGCCCAAGAAAUCCUUCAACGACGCCAACCUGCUCUUGUCAGUGCUGUUCUUCUCAAUUGUCACGAUCUACAUGGCCGGAUUCAACCUGGGCCCCGUCUACUGCCAGCGCCUGCCUGUGUUCUACAAGCAGCGCGACCAUCGCUUCUACAGCCCGUUGUCGUACUCCAUCUCCACCACGCUGGUCCGGAUCCCGGAGCUGCUGCUGCAGUCCACCAUCCUGUCCCUGCUCAUCUACUUCUCAGUGGGGUUCGCCAUGGAGCCCGGCCGCUUCUUUAUUUUCUGGUUCAACAUGUUCCUCACCGGCUUCAACUCGGUGACCACGUUCCAGUUCUUCGGCGCCAUCGCCCGCGACGAGGUGGCGGUGCAGGGCCUGGGCGCUGUCUUCAUGAUGGGCAACGUGCUGGUGUCCGGAUUCCCCAUCGCGCGACCCUCCAUCCCCGGCUGGUGGAUCUGGGUGUACUGGCUGUUUCCCAUGAGCUGGACCAUCCGCUCCAUGGGCGUCUCUGAGCUCAGCUCCAGCGAGUGGGCGCCCGCGGACCCAAACGACCCCGGCGGCCCCACCAUUGGCGAGGCGACGUUGGCUUCUCGCGGCUUCUUCACGGAGUGGAUGUGGGUGUGGAUUGGCAUCGGCUACGUGGCCGGGCUGUCGCUGCUGAUGCUGGUGUUCCAGGUCCUGUCGCUCACAUACGUCGGACCCCUGCGCCGCUCCAGCAACCACGAGCACGACCACGAGCUGGAGGAGGCCGCGGCCGCCGAGGGCGCCGCCGGCAUGCCCACGCCCGUCGCCUCCGUCUACCCCACUGACGGUAUGUCCAUGGAGGAGGCAGCCGCCGCCAAUGCCGGCAACGGCGCCCAUGCCGGCCACGCCAACGGCAAGAGCAGUGCGCCCAUGGCCGUGGCUGAACACCGCACCACAGAGAUGGUGCCGAUGGCAGCGCCCGCAGCAGCCACACACGCUGCGGCAGCCACACACGCGCCGCUGCCCGGUCGCGUUCCCGGCGGCAGCUACAACGGAGUGGGUGAGGGCCCGGCCUUCGUCAAGACCGUUGGACCCGGGCCCGUGGCCGAGUCUUUCCUGGCGCCUCACACCCACGACCAGGCGGCGCCAGGAAAUGGCCACGUCGGCUUUGCGCCCGGCACCGAGGGAGCAGCGUCGGGCGGCGGCAUGCCGUCGUCGUUGCUGCCGUUCACGCCGGUGUCCAUGUCGUUCCGGGAGGUGAGCUACUGGGUGCCGCACCCCAAGGACCAGGGCGCGGAGCUGCAGCUACUGAACAAGGUGGCGGGCUGCUUCAGGCCGGGAGUGCUCACCAGCCUGAUGGGCGCCAGUGGCGCCGGCAAGACCACGCUGAUGGACGUGUUGGCUGGGCGCAAGACCGGCGGGCGUGCGGAGGGCAAGCAGCUCAUCAACGGCAAGCCCAAGCGCAUGUCUACCUUCGCGCGCAUUAUGGGCUAUGUGGAGCAGGUGGACGUGCACAACCCCGAGGCCACGGUGGAGGAGGCGCUGGCCUUCAGCGCGAGGCUGCGGGUGGGCAGCGCCGCGCUGAUGAACCCGCGCGAUGGCAGCGGGCUGCACGGCGCAGCGGCGCUGAAGGCCUACCUGGCAGCCAUGAUGGAGGUGGUGGAGCUGACGCCGUUGGCCGGCAAGCGCAUUGGCAGCGGCGGCGCGCAUGGCGGCUUGAGCACCGAGGCCCGCAAGCGCCUGACCAUUGCGGUGGAGCUGGUCGCAAACCCCGCCAUCAUCUUCAUGGACGAGCCCACGACGGGCCUGGACGCGCGUGCGGCGGCCAUGGUGAUGCGCGCCGUGCGCAACACCGCCGCCACUGGGCGCACGGUAGUGUGCACCAUCCACCAGCCCAACCGCGAGAUCAUGGACGGCUUUGACGAGAUGCUGCUGCUCAAGCCCGGCGGCCGCACCAUCUUCUUCGGAGCGCUGGGUCCCCGCCAGGCCCACCUGGUGGACUACUUCACACACCUGCUGCCCGGCAUCCCCAAGUAUGAGGAGCAGAUGAACCCGGCGGCGUGGAUGCUGGAGGUGACGGCGCCGUCCGCUGAGGCCGCCGCGGGUGUGGACUUCGCAGACCUGUACGAGCACAGCGAGCUGGCCAGGACCGCGGACGCGCUGAUCGCCAGCUGCAGUGUGCCGCCCGCAGCCACCGACAUCGAGGCCGGCGGCGGUGGAGCCGCCGCCAAGCUGCCGCCGCACGCCAACGGCGAUGACGGCGACGACGGCGCCGCCGAGGCCCGUCGCGUGGCUGCGGCGCGGUAUGCGGAGCCUUACCCCUCCCAGCUGCUGCUGCUGCUGCACCGCGCCUUCACCAGCCAGUGCCGCAACAUGGCCUACAACGGCACUCGCUUCGCAGUGGCGCUGGGUCUGGCGCUGCUGCUGGGGUCCUUGUACUGGAACCGCGGCACCAAGAGGGACACGGUGCUGGGAGUGAUGGACAUCAUGGGCAUCAUGUAUGCGGCCACCCUCAACGUGCCCAUGACCAACAUGCUGGUGGUCAUGCCGCUGGUGCACGGCGAGCGCGCCGUGUUCUACCGCGAGCGAUCCAGCGGCAUGUACGCCGGCUGGAUGUUCGCGGCCGCGCAGGGCAUUGCCGAGCUGCCGUUCCUGUUCGUGGAGAGUAUCCUGUACGUGGUGGUUGUGUACUGCAUGGUGCACUUUGAGUUCAACUCAAUCAAGGCGCUGUGGUUCUGGCUGUUCCAGUGGCUGGGCCUGAUGCUGUUUACGUUCAUGGGCAUCGGCAUGACCAACAUUACGCCAGUGGUGCCGGCGGCCAGCGCCAUCAGCGGCUUCCUCAUCCUCAUGUGGAACUUGUUCUGCGGCUUCCUGAUUGUUGCCAACAACAUCAAGCCCUGGUACAUCUGGGCAUAUUACGUCAACCCCGCGCAGUGGAUCAUCUACGGCUGCGUGGUGACCCAGAUGGGCGACCUGACAGACCAAUACAUCACAACCUACGAGGGAGAUACCAUGUCCAUCUCGGCCUACAUACAAGACAUGUUCUCAUACGAGUACGACAUGCGCGGCUGGAUUGUACUCAUCCUGGUCGGCUUCAUCAUCACCUUCAGGCUGUUCGCCUACUACGGCCUCACCUUCAUGAACUUCCAGAAGCGCUAGAGACUAUUGCUCGCUGCAUGUCUCAAUGUCCCAUCUUGCACAAAGGUUGUUUACCGUCAGGAGGAUAGCGGAGGGGUACUGGCCUGUACUGGCUAGGCAGGGCGUAGAUCGUGUGAGCGACAUACGUUGGGGAGUGGAGUGGCAAACAUAUGACGGCUUUAGGUAGCGGUACGUGGCAGAUGGCUUGACAGACACAAUGACAGAGUUCAGUACGCAUGCAUACCAUAAUACAUAUUGUGAGCCGCGGCAUUGCUCUAUCUUAAUUCGUUGCCAAGUCCGCUUGCUUUAGCCUGCGUACGGAUGUCAGGGUGCAGUGCCUGAAUUGCCCGUGCCGCAGGAGACCAGUAGGCAACAAUGGCCCGGGUUGCAGUUGCAUCGUGAAACUGACGUGCGGAAGGCGUCGAGAAAUGAGGGAGUUGAGCUCAACCUGUCUUACCUUGUAUGGGCAGGAAUGCGGCUGUGCUCCGUCCUGUAUGGAGCCGGUCUGUACGCCAGCCUCUGCGUGCUCGUGAUGGAACAUGGCAAGGGGCAGGAAAGCGUAGUCCCGAUGUGUGUGGCUCCCACCCGUGCCCACAUAAAUGCGUAGCAAGAAGGGACAAGGCAUUGGUGCGUCGUUCGCGCGCUGUUACUGUACCGACGGUAG